GGUGGGGAGGGGGGCACGGGGGGAGGCCCGACAUCUUGCCCCCUUCUUCGUACAAUGGGAACGUAGUGUUUAUGAACAGCUCGAGGCAAACCAGAACCUCAAUCUGCCUGUAAAUGCUGAGCGAGCGCGAUCGGGCGCACACACAACGGGGAGAUUGGACUCUGAGAUAAGUGCGAGCACUACUUUUGGGUGGGGGAGUGGGAAGCAGCCGACAAAAACAAGGGUCGGCGAUAAUAGCUCUCUGUCUGCCCUCCGGUGCCCGCAUCACCCUUGGCGUCAUUGUUCAACCCGUUCAUCUCGCCACACCACUAGUGCUAGGAUGUCCAUGAGGAACCCUGUCUCUCCCCAUUUGGACCUCGAUGGAGCUGGCAACAUGGUGAACUGCACCAUCAAGACAGAGGAGAAGAAGGAGAGCUGCUACGAGUCUCCAAAGGGAGCAGCUGCCGGUCCCGAGUCCCACACCAGCAGCUUGCACGGAGCACCGCCGUCGCUGAGAGACACCGCUGACCCCCGGGCCCUGCCACAGGAAUCCCCCUCCCCCGGGAAUGACGCAAUAGACUCCAAGAGCUCCACAUUUGAGCCUGCCGUGGGCAGCCAGGAAAAGUUGGACUUCAAUAGAAACUUGAAGGAGGUUAUGCCAACCAUUGAGAAGUUACUCUCCAGUGACUGGAAGGAAAGGCUUUUGGGAAGAAAUAACAUGGAAUCCAAAGAGGUGAAAGGUACACAGGAGAGCCUAGCGGAGAAGGAGCUGCAGUUACUUGUCAUGAUCAACCAGCUCUCCACACUGAGGGACCAGCUCCUGACAGCCCAUUCAGAGCAGAAGAACAUGGCAGCCAUGCUCUUUGAGAAGCAGCAGCAGCAGAUGGAGCUGGCCCGGCAGCAGCAGGAACAGAUUGCCAAGCAGCAGCAACAGCUUAUUCAGCAGCAGCACAAGAUUAACCUGCUGCAGCAGCAGAUCCAGCAGGUCAACAUGCCCUAUGUCAUGAUCCCAGCCUUUCCCCCCAGCCAUCAGUCACUCCCUGUGGCUCCAGAUUCCCAGCUAGCACUUCCCAUCCAGCCCAUCCCUUGCAAACCAGCUUCUCUUUCUGCAGUGGAGUACCCAGUGCAGCUCCUACACAGCCCUCCUCCGCCGUCGCUCAAGAGACCCGCUGGCUCCAGCCACCUCCAGAUGCAGGAGUCUUCACAGCCCCUGAACCUAACGGCCAAGCCCAAAGGCCCUGAGCUCCCCAGUGCCUCCAGCUCUCCCAGCCUGAAGAUGGGCAGCUGCCAGUCCCUCACGCCAAAUCACGGGGCCACGCGGGACCUGCAGUCCAGCCCUUCCAACCUGCCCCUGGGGUUCCUGGGAGAGGGGGACGCUAUCACCAAAGCCAUCCAGGAUGCCCGGCAGCUCCUGCAUGGCCACAGCGGGGCCUUGGAGAGCUCUCUGAGCAACCCCUACAGAGUGAAGGACCACAUCGGAGUGGACUCCUCCCCAGCUAAAGAGCGGGUGGAAGAGACCUGUGCACACAGGCUGGACGAGGCCAUGAUAACCUGUGACAUGGAUGGCUCACGGCACUUCCCUGAGUCCAGGAACAACAACCACAUCAAGCGGCCCAUGAACGCCUUCAUGGUCUGGGCCAAGGACGAGCGGCGGAAGAUCCUGCAGGCCUUCCCAGAUAUGCACAACUCCAGUAUCAGCAAGAUCCUGGGGUCCCGGUGGAAGUCCAUGACGAACCAGGAGAAGCAGCCCUAUUACGAGGAGCAGGCGCGGCUGAGCCGGCAGCACCUGGAGAAGUACCCAGACUACAAGUACAAGCCGCGGCCCAAGCGCACCUGCAUCGUGGAGGGCAAGAGGCUUCGCGUGGGCGAGUACAAGGCCCUGAUGAGGAACCGGAGGCAGGAUGCCAGGCAGGGCUUCUUGAUAGCACCCCAAAGCAGCCAGAUGCAAGCCACCUCCUCAGAUGUCCUGUACCCGAGGCCAGUGGGUUUGCAGCUGACGCCACCACUGAUGGAGCACUACCUGCCCCGUGGCACAGACCCCAAUAUGCCCGUCAUCAUCAACACGCGCAGCCUCAAAGCCCAGGAGGCCGACGGCACGGAGGACAGGCACUCAGUCGCGGAUGGCGAGAUGUACCGGUACAGCGAGGAGGAGGACUCCGAGGUCGAGGACAAGAGCGAUGGGGAGCUAGUGGUGCUGACGGACUGAGCCCGGGCAGGCAGGGAGGGUGUGCGGGGUGGGCAUGAGUGGAGAAAGGGCAGCGCCUGGAACUGAAAGGGUGGGAGCGUGGGGGCAAGGUGGGCAGGGGGAACAGCCCCUGUGGCUUGGCUCCCUGUGCUAAAAAGCUCUGGGAUGCAGCAAUGCUGCAAAGCAGGUCUGUAGGCAUCACUCCCUGGGCCAGGAGGAGCCUCUCCCAUCAGAGAGGCCUGACACAUAGGGCAACGCCAGCUGUGAACAGGGGACCUGGGGUGGGCAUGUGUCAAGGCAUGGGGCACAGGCUCACCCUCUCGCCCCCUCUCUGGAGGCAAAGGAGUUGGCUUCACCGUGCAGAGCAGCACUGGGGUUUACUCACAUGCUUCCUUGGCACCGGGGCAUAUUCCUGGGGCAGAGAGGGGCAGAGGUGCAGGCUUGGGGCUGCAGCCCGGCCAGAGUGGGUGCCCAAGCAGGUCUGAGACAAGCCUGCAGGAGGUCUGCUGAGAGCAGAGUAGUGGUGACCAUGCAGCAGACCCUGCUGCUGCCCUGUGAGACCUGCUGGCGCCUGCAUUCACAGGGCGUGCAAGAAGGUUCAAGGACUUGCUAUGGGACCAGGCAGUGGGGAGGCCCCCAUGCCCGGGACAGUGUGAGCAGUGCCCGGUGUGUGGAGACAGGCAGGAAAGCCUGGGACAGACAAGAAGCAGGAUCAGGCUGAUGCUUCUGUCUCUUGGUCAAUCUCUGAUGCUCCUGCCUCUUGGUCCGCCUUUCCCCAGUGCGGCUUCAAGGAGCAGCUCCUGCCUGCUGGGCUCAGAGCCAUUAGUGGAGAGGUCCCGAGCAAGCAAUCGAAAUGACCCUCCCAGGCCUGGGGGGUGCUGCAAAGGGGGUCUGGAGGGACUCUGGCUCUCCAGAGGUGAAACAAGUGGAGACCACGGUGGCCUGUUCCCCUGUCCCCCUCCCUGAGGAAGCCAACGCUGGUUGUGACGCCAGCCGAGGUGAAUCCUCAACUGUCCAGGGCCCAGCCAGCUGCCCGGGCAGCUGUGGCCACACAGUGGCCCCGCUUCAGCCGGGCACUGAGGUCUGCGUUGUGCUCGGUAGCAAACGGCAUGGGGAACACUUGUUGCUCAUUCAGGCGCUGUACCAGGCCGCUCGGCUCCCGCACCCCCCUCUGCCCCCCCACGGGCCGCUUGCUUGUUCCCACUCUCUGGCUGCUGCCUGCCAGUAAAUUCCCAUGGAGUCAUUUUUAGCUUUCGCCUAGCAUGAGAAAGCGCCAAGGUCUCAGAGGAGCGCCCUUUUGUAUGCCUGACAGCUCUGGCCCCGUUUGUAAAUAAAGCUGCUGCCUGUUUCCCAGCCCUGCUGCCUGUGCCCCCCCGCCACCCCAGAAAGCUGCAGGGAAGGGGCCUUCCCCCACCCCACAAAAACCUGCAGCAGUGGGUACAGAGGGAGCCUCUGAGGUUGGGCGGUGCGGGGUGGUCCUCUGUGCCUUUUCCCAGCUGACCAACCCUCCCCCCAAUCCAGCAGGAUGAUGGAGCUCAGUUCUCCUGCAGCUUUGCAGAGCCGCUGCCAAAGACAUGCAGAAAACAAAUCCGCCAGCCAGCUCUGUGCCCUGCACCCAGCACUACCCUAGGGGCCUAUGCAUUGAGCCAUGGGGCUGUCCUUGGUGCUUGUGCCCAGCGUAGGGGGCCAGCAGCCCCUGGCGGUACACACAGACAUGACACCCAAUGUACAGCAAGUGUCCCAGCCAAGGGGCCUGGAGGGGCGUCCUGGCAUCACUAGGUGCUCAGCUUCUGGCAUCACUGGCUGCUGCUCAGGCUGCAUGGGUGGGGAGGACAAACUGAAACGCCCAAGCCCCUGCCCCAUCUGAACCAGACAGCUGGCACUGCUGGGUGUGGGGGGGAAGGCAUGUGACUUUGUGAAAGGAUGGGCUAGUAUCCCCCCUCCCCCCAUCCAAAUCAGUGUGUGCCAGGACUGAGUGGCAAAGCACCCCACCCACAGCUCUGCCCACCCCAGCUCAGGCUAGCCCUGGCUGGCUUGAUGCCCAAAGGUGGGCCAUCUCUUUCCAAGAGGUUGCAUGAACUGUUGGGAGGGACACUGACAAAGGUAGGGGGGUUGCUUUUAUCUAAUUUUUUUUUUUGGCAACUGGCCUGCCCCUGGCUGUAGUGCUGCAGUGCCAGUGGGUGCACGUGGGCACUGCCUGAGGCUGUUUGGUGUGGCCUGGGCAGGCCUGAGGGACGUGGUAGGCCCUGUAGCUCCUUGCCAGCCAGGGCAAAAGGGCAGGAAAUUAGGUUUUUUUGUGGGGGAAAGAAGGCAAGGCAAGUUAUUGCUGCCAUCUAGCUGAAGACGGCCUAGCCCUGAUGGUAGCUGAGCAUCUGGCCUGCCUCCCUUAGGGGCUGAUGACCCCAGUUCAACAUUGUGCCACCCCCGCAACAGUUCCCCAAUGUCACCACCACCUUGAGCCCUUGGGAUGGUGCCUCUGCUUGGGAGAGGGGCUGUCCCAGCCCUUGUACGCGGUGUGUGGGGAGAUGUGCGUGUGCAUGUGCAUGUCCAUCCCUGUCUGUCCCGUGGUGAUGCAGACAGCAGGUUGUUGGAUGGGGGGAGGAGGGCAGGGGGUGGCAAGGCUAAGCCAGGUUUACUUACAGCUGUAAGGAAGAGCCAAAGGUGGUCACAUACUGG